AACUACAUGUUAGGUUAGUUUAAUGUCACUUAUUAUUAGUUAGAAAUGUUAAAAUUUUUAUUUAUAAAAAAUAUAAUAUAUUAUUAAUAUAUUAUUAAAUUUUAUAUAAAUAAUGUGGAUGUAAAUAAACAGAUAGAAAAAAUAAAAAGGAAAUAUCAAUAUAGUUAUAUUAUGAAAUGACAUGACAUAAAUGAGAUAUCAAAGUUCUUAUAUUGAAAAAAUUAAUAUAAAUAUUUAAAUGAUGAGAGUGUUGGAAUUAUACAGUGGUAUUGGUGGAAUGCAUUAUGCCCUUCAAGAAAGUGGUAUUAAAGGUGAUAUUGUUGCAGCAGUUGAUAUAAAUACUGUUGCAAACAGUAUAUACAAAUAUAAUUUUCCAAAUGUAUUACUUUUGAAUUGUAAUAUUCAAUCACUUUCUGCACAAGAGAUAAAUAAUUUAAAUAUAGAUACUAUAUUAAUGAGUCCUCCAUGUCAACCUUACACAAGAAUAGGACUUCAAAAAGAUAUGUUAGAUAACAGAUCUUCUUCAUUGCUUCAUGUUCUUUCAUUGAUUCCUCAAAUAAAAACAUUAAAAUAUAUUCUCCUUGAAAAUGUAAAAGGAUUUGAAAAGUCUGAAAUGAGAAAUGCUGUAUUAAAAUGCAUAAAUACUAGUGGAUUUAAUUAUAAGGAAUUAAUUCUAAGCCCUUGUCAAUUUGGCAUUCCAAAUACCAGAUAUAGAUAUUAUUUAUUAGCAAAAAAAAACAAUCUUGAAUUUUGCUUUGAUCAAUCUGUAUUAAAUUUUGAAUUAUCAGAUUCUAUUUUAAAGAUUCUUCCCAAAAGUAAAUAUAAUUUAUUAACAAAAAAAAGUUGUACUCAAAAUUCUAAAACAGAUAAAAAUUGUUAUACAUUGGAAAAUAUUCUAGAGCAUGUUGAAGGAUCACAAUAUUUAAUUCCUAAAAAAUUGUUGGAAAAAAGAGUUUGGUUAAUGGAUAUACGAACAUCACAAAGUAAUGGUUCUUGUUGUUUUACAAAAGCUUAUAGUCACUAUGUAGAAGGGACAGGUUCUGUAUAUUGUCCAUAUUCAGAAAAAACAAUUAAAGAAGCAUUUUCAGAAGCAAAUAAGUAUGAAAGACAAUCAUUAGAAGUAUCAAAAAUUCUGGAAAAAUUAAUGUUACGAUAUUUUACACCUAGAGAAAUAUGUAGAUUAAUGUGUUUUCCUGAAGAAUUCAUAUUUCCAGAAUAUAUAACAGAUAAACAAAAAUAUAGAUUAUUGGGAAAUUCAAUUAACGUAUAUGUGGUUAGCAGAUUAAUAUUUUUAUUAUAUACUGAAAGAAAGAUUACAUGAUAUAUUUAUAUAAGUAU